UGGCCGUUCAAAUUCACUUCAACCAAAGGCGCUCCUUUUUUCUUCCUCUAUCUUCCUCCAUUCGCCAAUCGGAUAACGCCUCUCCGUAUCCGAAUCCCGCCAUUAACGAGAAGAAGAAGCAAGCUCCCAUUGAAGAACAACCCUAAACAAUGGAAGGUACUCUCUUCCCUCACAAACCCAUGUACCCAGUUCACUCCAAGAGACCUCCUUCUCAGUCCAACACCAAUCCCUCCCUCAAAUUCAGCUCUGCCACUCUUCACCUCCCUCCUCCUUCUCCGCCGUCCUUUCCUCUCGAUUCCCUCCUCCAUCACCUCCUCCAUCUCUCUUCCCCGGCGAAACCCACCAAUUCUGCUUCCCGUUUCCCUUCUCUCGAGGUUUCCUCUGAAUCGACUCAGAAAUGGCGCCAAGAGGUGAACUCGGAGAAGCCCUCUUCGCUUUCCGUGCUGGGUUUCGAAAUCGGAGAAGAAAGUGGUCAAUUCGGAGAAGGUUCUCAGAAAUUUUUAUCCAAAAAGGAAAUUUUACUGUUCAAUUCGAUUUUGGAGCAGCCUUUGCACGGUUUGAGCAGUUUCUUCGAUUCGACGGAAUCCGAGUUGCGUAGAACAGAUUUGUUUAGUUUGGUUAAGGCUUUAGAUGGAUCGGGGCACUGGGAAAGAGCAUUAUACUAUGCAUUCGUCGUUAUAAGAAAAAUCAUGCGCCAUGUACGGCUCCACAUGCUAUCCUCAGACAUCGAUAUGCGAAAGGUCGUUACUUCCUUUGAUCAUCAGGUCAUUGAGUUCGCAGUCAGGAUCUUAGGCAGAGAAUCACAGUACUCUAUUGCAGCUAAGCUGUUCGAUAAAAUUCCUCUAGAAGAAUAUCAGCUUGAUGUCCGUGCUUAUACAACCAUCCUUCAUGCUUAUUCACGGACCGGAAAGUACGAAAGGGCGAUCAAUUUGUUUGAGAGGAUGAAACAUACGGGCCCUUUGCCGACUUUGGUCACAUACAAUGUGAUUCUUGAUGUUUUUGGGAAAAUGGGUCGGUCUUGGAACAAGAUUCUAGGGAUUUUAGAUGAAAUGAGUAGCAAAGGGCUGCAAUUUGAUGAAUUUACUUGUAGCACCGUGCUAUCUGCUUGUGCAAGAGAGGGUUUGUUAACCGAGGCGAAGGAUUUCUUCGCUGAACUUCAAUCCCGGGGCUAUCAGCCAGGGACUGUAACUUACAAUUCAUUGUUGCAAGUUUUUGGUAAAGCGGGAGUUUAUUCAGAAGCAUUAAGUAUUUUGAAAGAGAUGGAGGAUAACAAUUGCCCAGCGGAUUCUGUGACGUACAAUGAGCUUGUUGCUGCUUAUGUCAGGGCUGGUUUUCACAAGGAAGCUGCUGAUGUGAUUGGGAUAAUGACCCGAAAGGGCAUAAUGCCAAACGCCAUCACUUAUACUACAGUCAUAGAUGCAUAUGGAAAGGCUGGAAAGGAGGAAGAGGCCUUAAGGUUGUUUUAUGGGAUGCAAGAAUCAGGUUGUGUUCCAAAUACUUGCACCUACAAUGCUGUGCUUGGCAUGUUGGGGAAAAAGUCGAGGUCUGAUGAAAUGAUAAAGAUUUUGCGUGAUAUGAAGUCUAAUGGAUGUUCACCGAACCGCAUAACAUGGAACACGAUGCUUGCGAUGUGCGGGAAUAAGGGUAUGCAUAAAUAUGUGAACCGGGUGUUCCAUGAGAUGAAGAGCUGUGGAUUUGAACCUGAUAGAGACACAUUCAACACAUUGAUCGGUGCGUAUGGACGUUGUGGGUCGGAGCUUGAUGCAUCGAAGGUGUAUGGUGAGAUGACGAAAGCCGGAUUUACCCCAUGCGUUACUACUUACAACGCCUUACUUAAUGCCUUGGCCAGACAAGGGGGUUGGAGAUCAGGCGAAAAUGUGAUUUUUGACAUGCAGAGUAAAGGAUUCAGACCUACUGAAACGUCUUACUCCUUGAUGCUCCAAUGUUAUGCUAAAGGAGGGAACGCCAGCGGGAUUGAGAGAAUUGAGCAGGAGAUAAACAAAGGACAGAUAUUCCCGAGCUGGAUGAUUUUGAGAUCCCUGGUUCUUUCGUACUUCAAAUGCCGGUCACUGGCAGGAAUGGAGAGGUCAUUCGUGUUGUUACAGAGCAAUGGGUACAAACCCGAUCUGGUAAUCUUCAACUCGAUGCUGUCCAUUUUCACAAGGAACAACAUGUACGACCGAGCUCAAGAAAUCAUCCAAGCAAUCUGUCAACACGGGUUAAACCCAGAUCUUGUAACAUACAACAGCCUGAUGGACAUGUAUGUCAGAAGAGGAGAGUGCUGGAAAGCCGAAGAAAUCCUCAAGGGGCUAGAAAAGACGCAAGUGAGACCCGAUCUCGUCUCUUACAACACCGUCAUAAAAGGGUUCUGCAGAAAAGGGCUGAUGCAAGAGGCGGUGAGGGUACUGUCUGAGAUGACAAAGCUUGAGAUCCGGCCUUGCAUUUUCACGUACAACACGUUCGUCUCUGGAUAUGCAGCAAUGGGAAUGUUUGCAGAGAUAGAAGAUGUGAUAGAGUGUAUGGUUAAGAACGAGUGCAGACCGAACGAGUUGACGUAUAAGAUUGUGGUAGAUGGCUAUUGCAGAGGAAGAAAAUACGGGGAAGCCAUGGACUUCGUGUCGAGGAUUAAGCGAAACGAUAGCUCCUUCGACGAUCAUACUCUCCAACGUUUGGCUCUCCGGGUCAGGGAAAAUCUAGAAUCCUAAUCAUGUAUCAUAUAUAUAUACAUAUAUAUUUCUGAUACCAAAAUGUUUUUGUUUGUAGAUCGUGUUGGGAUUUUUGUAUUGAAAUAUACAUUUUUUUAAACUUAUAUAUGUAUUGGGAAGAUAUGAUAUGCAUAAUGGAAUCUCUCGGGUUGGAGAAU